CUCCGUACCUAAAAUUUUAAAAGGAAAAGCUUCGGACCGCCAAAACCUCAAUCCAAAAUCCCUCUUUCCUUUGGCUAUAUAUAGUAAUAUACUCUGCUUUUGUGUCUGUAAUUUACAUAUCCAACUCGCACGACACGAACGAUUACGAAACGCGACGUCGCAUAACUCAACGGACCCAUGGUGCUGAACGACAGGCCGUUAAAGAGGACCAAGAGGAACAGAGUGACCGCCGAUCUCUACGACUUCUUCACGUUCCCUGAAGGACCGGCGCCGGAUGAAGACUUGACCAAACCAUUCCGGGAGGCGAUAAAACUGUUUCUCUCCCACCAUGCGCGCGUUACUUCCCCUCCUCUUUUCUCAUGCCUACUUAGGUGGCAGAUCGUCUUUCGGGUCGGAGAUCUGUUGGAAGGUUCGGAUGUCUCGCCGGUGGUGGUGGUGCUUGAUAUUGUGGAAGAGGAUGUUCUCGGAAGUUCCAGAUCCCCCUACUGCAAUCAGUGCCGAGUGGUUGGUUGGAGUGGUCAUCCGGUAUGCAGAAAGCGAUACCAUUUCAUAAUUCGAGCUACAAGAAGCAGCAUAGAUGAACAUGAAUAUUUGUGUUCGAAAUGCAGCAAUCUGUUGCAUGUGUCAGAAUCAAGGUGCAAGUGGUGUGAUACUGGUAACCAUGUUGAAGACUGGGUUCUUUCCCAAUUUGAAGAUCACACUCAUCUAUUGCAUGGUGUUGUCCACUCCAAUGGCUUUGGCCACCUUCUUCGGGUUAACGGCAGAGAAGGUGGUUCCAAUAUUCUCACUGGUUCUCAUAUAGUGGACUUCUGGGAUAGGCUCUGUGCUACUCUUGCUGUCAGGAAAGUAUCGGUUAUGGAUGUGUCAAGAAAAUAUGGGAUGGAGUAUAGGUUGCUGCAUGCCAUCACCAAAGGUCAUUCAUGGUAUGGUAAUUGGGGCUAUGAAUUUCAAAGUGGAAGCUAUGCGCUCACGCCUGAUUCUUACCAGAAAGCGGUGGAAACUCUCUCAAAUGUGCCCUUAGCUCCGCUUUUGUUUCAGAGACGAAGGCCUAGAACGCGUUUGCAGGCUGUUAUUUCUUUUUACCAAUCUUUGUCAGACGCAGAAAUCCUUACACUAAGGGACCUUUGCUCCUUUUUAUUGAGGCUAAUCCAUGAGAGUAAUGAGCCAUUAUUGCCUAAAACACCAGAGAACUUAGCAUCUAGUACUUCAAAGACAUUGUGUGCAUGGACUAGACACAAUGUCGAAUGUGUUCAACAAGCUAUGAUGAAGGUGUUGGCAGCAUCUGGUGAGAGCAAUUGGGUUUCAAGGCGUGCUCUUAAGGGUGUCAUGUAUAAAAAAGCAUCUCCAGAGCUUCUUGAUUAUUGCAUUAAACACCUGAGGGGAAAGUUGGCAGCUAACAGCAUGGUAGUUCAGGUCCGAUGCAAUCCUAAUUCUGGUGAUGCUGAAUACAGGCUCACGCCAGUUAGUUCCAUUUAUUAUGGGAAUGGGUUGGACAAAAUCCAUCCGUUGAAAGAGGAUGUCAAACGUGAUUUGAAAUUUUUACUUGAUUCCUUGCUCAAUCCUGAUACCACCGUAAACUUUGGAUCUCAAGUGAUGAGGGAAAAUGUGAUUGAUGCAGCAACCAAGCUUAUUGAUUGCAAACAAUUUAUGAAGGAAUACAGACCUGACAAAAUGAAGCUAAAUGAUUCAUUUGCCAUUCAUCUAUUGUGUCAUGUAGAGCUUUCAGAUCAUGCUAAAGAUGACCCAGCCAUACCUCCAGAACUGAUAAUCUUACCUUUAAAUGCUACUGUGACUGAUCUUAAGAAAGAAGCAGCUAAAGCUUUUCAAGAAGUAUAUGUGAUGUUUAAGAGGUUUGAAGCUCAUGAACUGGUUGAAUAUGGAGCUUUAGAAGAUUCAAUUACAGUAAAAUUCCUUGUUGGAACAAGUGGGUCAAUAAAGAUUAAAGGGACAUGCCCAUCAAGACAUGCCAAUAGCCAAUUUAGAACGGAAAGAGGAAAAGAGAGGUGGACAGUUGAUUGUAUGUGUGGGGCCAAGGAUGAUGAUGGAGAGAAAAUGUUGGCUUGUGAUGCCUGUGGGGUUUGGCAACAUACUAGGUGUGCUGGGAUUAAUAAUUGUGAUAAAAUUCCGCCAAUAUUUGUGUGCAUUAGAUGUAUGAGUUCAUACUGCAAGGAAUGUGAAAGAAUCUCAAAUCUGAAGGAGUUACCUUCGCUAUCUAGAACUUCAACUUGCAGGGAAGAGGCAAUAGGAGGAACUCGAAGUCUCAAGAGUCUCAUUUAGUUUUAGCCUGUAUGUAUAUAUAUGUGUAUUGUCGUUGUAAAUCCCAUUUUUGCUUUUUUGGUUUAUUUAGGUUUUCUUUUUCCUCCCUUUUGACAGAUAAUAGUCCUCCCAAAUUUCUGUU